UAACGGUUUUCGUGAAGCCCGUUUCCAUGGUGACGUUGACUCUGUUGCACCGACCGCGGUCCGCCGCAGCCUCUCAUUGCCUCUCGGGGGAGGCCCUCGUCUUUUACGAGGUUGCUCAUAGGAACCAUGGCUCCGAUGUUCGAUCCGUGACAUUUUUGCGGUGCAAACGAUGUACAUCAACUCCAGCGUGAUGACGCUCCAGGUCGACGCGCCGCUGUCCGCCGCCCCGGAGGAGCGCUCCGGUGACACCCGGCGCGGCCCUGACCCGGUUAGCCUGAGGUACCCGGCACACAGCCGCCUCGCGGUGGGAGCGGGUGGACACCCGGCUCUCGGACAAAAUAAUCACAUGCGGAGGAAAUUGCCCGCGAUACAACCGCUGAGCAAGCCGACGGCUUGGAGAAGCUUGUUUAGCGGCUUUAUAGUUGCAGGGUCACCUAAAUUGGCCAGUGAGGUAGGACUGCAACAUGAGAACAAUGACAUGAAGGACAUCUGUGGGAGACACUUUCUAUUUGAUAAACAGUGUGCAAGGAUAGAAAGGACCACAACUGUGAUUCCUCAGCUGUCGAAAAACUACCACGUGCGCAGACCGGGGGGCGACCUGCAUCCCUUCAGCCUCUCCGAGCAGCUUUCCCACAGCCAUUCAGGGCGGCCUUUCACCCUGUGCUACCCCAAAAGAUUUGAACUCAAUACAACUCCAGCCAUCCUCUUUCCCUCCACUCUAGUCCUCAAUGGCAGAAACGCCUUUACGAAGGAAAACUGCAAGCUCACCAGGCCGAAGUUGAACAAUCCCACCUGCUGCAACCUGCUGAACGUUAAAGACCUCCGUCAAAAGAGCCCGUCCUAUCCGGACCCAGUGGUCGGAGCGCCUCGCUCCUUCAUCCACAGGAUAUCCGAGCUAUCCUCUCUAGAGGGUGAGACCGAAAGGCAAGAAAAGCUCAAGAAAAAGGGGAAACCUAAGAAGACUGCAUCCUGACAAUCACCUUCCACCCAGUCGCACUGGUCAAGGAUCAAAACUUUCGAGUCCGUGCCAACAGCAUCCGACCGAAAUAAAACAUCAGGGCCGCUGUCGCUCCAGUGGCUCGCUCUGACUGCUUGUGUGUCCUCGGUGGUGUUGGUUUCCUGCUUAACGUGGCUGCUCUUCACAUUUUGGGAUUCCUGACCCGAGUUUUUUGCUCUAUUUGUUUUGUAGUGUUGUUCACCGCGGUAUAUUGCAUUGCAUUAGUAUUUGCUGCUCACAUGGUGAUGAUGAAUAUUUUCUAUUCUGACUCACAGCUGUUAGUAUUUUACCACUCGACAUAAUAGCUUGUAAUGGCUGUUACGCAAUGCUGCCAUAAUUCUCUCUGUAUCCUGCUUAUGUUGCAGACGCUGUCAAGUAGUUCUACACUAGUUAAGCAAUUGGAAAAACUUUGUACAUAUUGACUAGCUUAGGGAAACCAUUGUUGUGCCUUGUUAAAUGUCUUCCUGAAUUAAAUACAUUUAUUUUUCUGAUUAUUAAUCCUUUUGUGAAGAUCUUGAUUUCAUAUUUUGGUCACGAUUUGUGUUCAUUAGCUCCUCGAGUAAAGGCAGCAUGCAUUCCCCUUCUUUUUGGCACAUCCACUAUCAAAUAGUGCAAUUAUCGAAAAUGCCAAAAUGAUUGAGAUGAAGCAGUAUCUGCAUUCCACAUCUACAAAACCGAUACAAAACUAUGCCCCCAGAUCCCGGAAUGUGGCACAUUCCCAUUGUCUGCAUUGUUUGCAGCUCAUGUCUCUGAAUAGUCUUGUUCAUUUCGUUUGACAAAGACAACAGUCAUGGUGUUAAGAGAGAAAUGAGGGUUUUGUUAUUAUUCAAAGACAUAGCAGCUGCAGUCAUCCAGCUCGUUAAACAUGAUGUAAUUCUAUUCGGACAUUAGAUUGACGUUAUAUUUUAUCUUCCGUGAAAUAAUUUGUACUUCUGUUGUCAUUGCGUGAAUAUUUAAAGCAGAAAUAUAGGAGACGUGAUGUUUUAUAUUCAUUCAUUGUUGAUGAUUGACCUGUUGCUAUUUGAGUAUAUAUGGCAGAGGAUACUUUCCACAAAGUAUAAUGCACCGCUGUGCUCAAAAGAAGUCAUAGUGUAGCAUGUUGAACAAUUUCUGGAAAAUAAGUCCGUAGGAAAGAUUGAAAAAUGCCUUGAUGGAAAAAAGACAG